AUGAAGUUCGACUCCUCCAUCCUUAUCGCCUCCUUGGCGGCGACCGCUGUUGCGGCUCCGGCUCAGGAACCUUGCGAUCACACUGCUAUGGCUAAGCGAUGGGUUGACACUACUGGUGGCCAGAGGAUGCCUGCACACUACGUCGCUACUGUCCGCAAGCUCUCUUCCGAGAAGGUUAAGAACAAGCGUACACUUGACGCACUCCUCGGUGGCCUUGGCGGCGGAGCGGCAGGUGCUGGAGCUGGAGCUGGAGCUGGAGGCCUUGGUGCUCUUGGUGGACUCGGUGCUCUAGGAGGUGGUGCCGGUGGUGCUGGAGGCCUGAGUGCUUUGGCUGGUGGUGCUGGAGGUCUCGGCGCUCUCACCGGUGCUGGAGCUGGUGGCGCAGGAGCUGGAGCUGGAGCCGGCGGUCUCGGUGCCCUUGGUGGACUUGGUGCUCUAGGAGGUGGUGCAGGUGGCGCAGGAGGUGCAGGAGGUCUCGCUGCCCUUUUCCCUGGUCUCGCCAAGCGUCAACUUGAUCAGCUCCUCGCUGGUUUGACUGGCGGUGCAGGUGGCGCAGGCGGCGCAAAGGGUGCGGCGGGUGCCGCUGGCGGUGCUGGUGGUAUCGGCGACCUUCUCAGCGGUCUCGGUAUCGGUGGUGGAGCUGCUGGCGGAAAGGCGGGCGGUGCUGCUACUACUACUCCCAAGGCACCUGCCACUAGUGCUACCGCUGGCGCUGCGAAGGGCCAGAAGGGUGCCGGUGCUGCUGGUGCUGGUACUCUUACCGGCGCUGCAAACAACGGCACUGCUGCGGCAGGAGGCGCUACCGCCGCUGGUACUGGCAAGGCUGGCAAGGGAGCUGGCAACUUGAACGGAGCUGCUGGUGCCGGAGCAAAUGCUAACGGAGCUGCUGGCACUGGAGCCACUGCCAACGGAGCCACUGGAACUGGAGCUACCGGUACCGGAGCGACCGGUGCUGGCGCUGGCAAAGGAGCUGGUAAUGGAGCAGCUGGUGCUGGAGCCACUGCCAACGGCGCUACUGGUACUGGAGCAACUGGUGCCGGAGCUGGCAGGGGACAAGGCAAUGGAGCUGCCAACGGUCAACAGGGAGCCGGCGCAGGCCGUGGUCAACAAGGCUCAGUCGGUUCAGCUACUGGAGCUGGCGCAGCGACUGGAAACGGUGCCUCUGGCGCUCUUACUGGCGCUACUGGUGCUACUGGUUCUUCCAGUUCUACCGGUGCUUCUACCGGUGCGUCUGGAUCUACUAGCACAUCUGGAACCAAGGGCACAGGUGCAAAUAGCGCUUCCAACGGCGCCUCCGCCGCAUCUGCAUCUGGUAACGGAAAGGCCUCAGGUGGCAAGGGCGCCUCGUCUGGCAACGCCGACUCUGCUCUCGCUGACUCUCAGGAGGAGGACUAG